AGUACGUUAGCAUACAUAACUUCACAGAUUUGGGGCAGUGAAAAUUAAAGAAAGUAGCAGACAUGUAGCUCACCGUUUUGUUGAACACAUUUGUUUUAAAAUUAUCCAACUUUUCAUAACUCUGGCCGUGACGAAGCAUUUAAAACAGCCCGCUGUGUCACUUUGCAACGCGAGCUAACGUUAGCUUCGCCGCUUGCAAGCCAACGGGUGUGGCGUUCACUGACCGCUGUUAGCUGAUUAACAGUAUUAUUGAGUACAAGCAGGCUGCUUUUAAAGCAUGGCAGAUCGUGGAGCAUUUAAGUACAGUCCGAGAAGAGGCAAUGCUAAUUUACGGUCUAUGCUUGGCUUUCACCAAAGUUUGCUCCUUCACCGUCCUCGGGACCGGCCGACAGAUGAUGUGCCUGUUCAUAGCGAUGCUGCUGGGCUGAGAAACGACCUCCAUGCUUCCGGAGACCACGGCCCAGGAAAAGAGGCUUUACUUUCUGAGUACGAAGACUCAGAUGAUGAUGCAGCUGUCCUCUCUCUCCAUGGUAUGUCACCUGCUGGAAGUGUACUCUUGGAUGAAGAGCUCAUCCUGGACCAGAUCAAGGAUCCAGAUAAGAGCACAACAACUGAAGUGUGCAAAAGUGACUGGCACAAGAAUCACAUGGCAGCAAUAAGCAGUGAGAAGUUUGACAGCCUCCUGAAGAUGUGUCCUGAUUUCCAAGGCUGUAAGAGCAACAUGGCUGUAUUUGUUUUGAUAAGAGAAGUGUUGGAUACGGCGGGUCGUCCAUGUGAGCUUUACGAGGUUGUGGCGUUGGGGGCUGGCCGGUCAAGCUGCAGCAAGUGGCUUUGCUACAAUGGGACAAUGGUCCAUGACUGUCACGCCAUCAUCAUUGCCAAACGAGCUUUCCAAAGGUUUCUGUACAAACAGCUUCUGCUGUUCUUUGAUGCCGAUCCAAAGGCCAAGGAGAACUGUGUUUUCGAGAGCAGUGCAGACAGCCACCAGCUUCAGCUCAAACCCAAGAUCAGUCUGCAUCUCUACACCAAUCAGUGUCCUGAAGGAGCAGCCAAGGACUUCUACCUUAAGGGCCCUGCGAAUAAAUCUUGGACCAAUAUGAAGCUGCAGUAUCAUGCCAAGGGCCUGCUGGUCCCUGUAGCCUACCUUGAACCGAGUCUCUGGGGUGCCAAAGUCUGCUGCAUGUCUGGUAGUGACAAGUUGUGCCGCUGGACAAUCACUGGGGUUCAGGGUGCAUUACUGAGCCACUUCAUCCAGCCGCUCUACAUCACCAGCAUGGUGCUAGGGGGCCAGAAGAUCUUAAAUGAGGAAGUGUCUGAUAUCACCAACAUGCGACUGGGCGAUGGAUGGGAGGAUGUUCUGCCGCCAACCUACAAAAAACGUAACAUCCACUUUCUCUGUGGGGACUACGUGGGGCCUGUUGUCACCUCCCCGCAGCAUGACGAUCUCAGCAUCAACUGGUGUCGUGGAGACAAGGACAUCGAAGUUCUGGACAGCAGCAAUGGCCUCAUCAUCGAUGGUGUUCUGUUUGGAAAACCUUGGAUGUGGAUGCCACUUGACACAUGCCACCCACCCAAACACUCAAAGAGCUCAAGGCAUCGACCUGGCCUCCAAAUUAGCCAGAUCCCUACACAAUGGAGCAUCAUAGGACAUGUUGGUACCCCAUCUCCCAACCCACCGGACUCAAAGUAUUUGCCACCAACGCCUCGGUGCCAGACACCACAGGACACCCCCAGGUGUUCAUGCCUCGACAGCUCUCCAUCUGUGAGUGGGCCUGGCUUCUCCAGCAGACUUUGCAAGAGAGCCCUCUACAGUUACUUCCUCAGAGUUGCACAGUUGAGUGGGCAUAGCUAUCUGCUGAAUCUUCCCACCUACCACAAUGCCAAGGUGGAAUCUGUCGUGUACCAGACAGUCAAAGAUCUGGUCAAGCAGCAGUUCCUGAGCGAGCACGCAGGGUCCUGGAAUUCAAAGAAGCUGGUGGACUGCUUUAGCACUUGAAUGGUCUCUCAGCAACACACUGUGUUGAAGUUCAUUUAAGUUCCUCUCAGAGUUAUUUUACUGUUGUUUACUGUGCACUGUGCACAACAAUAAUUCGAGUUUUGGUUUAUGUAAAAUGUUGUUCAGACUGUGUAGGUGUUUGAGAAAAAUAAA